ACAAAAACGAUGUUAGCGGGUUUUUAGGUUAUUGGCGCUAACCUGGUCGAGUGUGAGGAGCGGACGGCAGCAGCAGCAGCAGCAGGAGGUCAGAGGGUCACGGCUCCUUCAUCUCCUACCCGGCAGACAGCCUCUCCACACGGGCAGUAUGUACGUCAUCAAGCGAGAUGGACGCCAAGAGCGCGUCAUGUUUGACAAAAUCACCUCUCGCAUUCAGAAGCUUUGCUAUGGCUUGAACUCGGACUUUGUGGAUCCGACCCAGAUCACGAUGAAGGUGAUCCAGGGCCUGUACAGCGGAGUCACCACCGUAGAGCUGGACACGCUGGCAGCGGAGAUCGCUGCCACGCUCACAACCAAACAUCCCGACUACGCCAUCCUGGCAGCACGGAUCGCCGUCUCUAACCUUCACAAGGAGACGAAGAAAGUGUUCAGCGACGUCAUGGAGGAUCUGUUCAGCUAUGUGAACCCCUUGAAUAAGCGCCAUUCUCCCAUGAUCUCCAAGGAGACGCUCGACAUCGUCCUUGAGAACAAGGAUCGCCUCAAUUCAGCCAUCAUCUACGAUAGAGACUUUUCCUACAACUUCUUUGGCUUCAAGACCCUGGAGCGGUCUUACCUGUUGAAGAUCAAUGGCAAAGUCGCCGAGAGACCCCAGCACAUGCUUAUGAGAGUUUCUGUUGGAAUUCACAAAAAAGACAUUGAAGCAGCCAUUGAGACAUACAAUCUGCUGUCUGAGAAGUGGUUCACACACGCGUCACCGACGCUGUUCAAUGCUGGAACCAACAGGCCACAGCUGUCAAGCUGCUUUCUGCUCGCCAUGAAGGACGACAGCAUCGAAGGCAUUUAUGACACUCUGAAGCAGUGUGCCCUCAUCUCCAAAUCCGCUGGAGGUAUUGGCGUGGCGGUCAGCUGCAUCAGAUCAACAGGGAGCUACAUCGCCGGCACUAAUGGCAACUCCAAUGGCCUAGUCCCUAUGCUAAGAGUGUAUAACAACACAGCGCGCUAUGUCGACCAGGGUGGCAACAAGAGACCUGGAGCCUUUGCCAUGUACCUGGAGCCAUGGCAUUUUGAUGUGUUUGACUUUUUGGAGUUGAAGAAGAACACGGGGAAGGAGGAGCAGAGGGCGAGAGACCUGUUCUACGCUCUGUGGAUCCCCGACCUCUUCAUGAAGAGAGUGGAAAGCAAUCAAGACUGGUCUCUGAUGUGUCCCAGUGACUGCCCCGGGCUGAAUGAGUGCUGGGGUGAGGAGUUUGAGAAGCUCUACACCAGAUAUGAGAGGGAGGGCAAGGUGAAGCGUGUGGUGAAGGCUCAGCAGCUGUGGUACGCCAUUAUAGAGUCCCAGACAGAAACCGGUACACCGUACAUGCUCUACAAGGACGCCUGCAACAGGAAGAGCAACCAGCAGAAUCUAGGCACCAUCAAAUGCAGCAACCUCUGCACAGAAAUUGUGGAGUACACCAGCCCAGAUGAGGUAGCUGUGUGUAACCUGGCCUCCAUUGCUCUCAACAUGUACGUCACCCCAGAGAGAACUUUUGACUUUAAAAAGCUGGCGUAUGUAACCAAAGUCAUCGUCAAGAACCUCAACAAGAUCAUCGACAUUAAUUUUUACCCGGUGCCGGAAGCUGAGACCUCCAACAAGCGUCACAGGCCAAUCGGAAUUGGUGUCCAAGGUUUGGCGGAUGCCUUCAUCCUGAUGCGCUUCCCAUUUGAAAGUCCCGAAGCCCAGCUGCUCAACAUUCAGAUCUUUGAGACCAUCUACUACGCUGCCCUGGAGUCCAGUUGUGAGCUGGCUGCCGAGCAAGGCCCAUAUGAAACCUACCCGGGCUCUCCUGUCAGCAAGGGGAUCCUCCAGUAUGACAUGUGGGAGAAGACUCCCACUGACCUGUGGGACUGGAAGCUGCUGAAGGAGAAGAUCGCCAAGCACGGCGUGAGGAACAGUCUGCUGCUGGCCCCAAUGCCCACGGCCUCCACGGCACAGAUCCUGGGCAACAACGAGUCUGUUGAGGCCUACACCAGCAACAUCUACACCCGCAGGGUGCUCUCCGGGGAGUUCCAGAUCGUGAAUCCUCACCUGCUGAAGGACCUGACGGAGAGGGGCCUGUGGAACGAGGAGAUGAAGAACCAGCUGAUCUCCCAGAAUGGCUCUAUUCAGGACAUUGCUGAGGUCCCAGAUGACCUGAAGCAGCUCUAUAAAACUGUGUGGGAAAUCUCCCAGAAGACGGUCCUCAAGAUGGCCGCAGACCGCGGCGCCUUCAUCGACCAGAGCCAGUCACUCAACAUCCACAUCGCAGAGCCAAACUACGGCAAGCUGACCAGCAUGCACUUCUACGGCUGGAAGCAGGGUCUGAAGACGGGCAUGUACUACCUGCGGACCAAGCCUGCCGCCAACCCCAUCCAGUUCACCCUGAACAAGGAGAAGCUGAAGGAGACGCAGACAACCAAGAGCGCAGAGGAGGAGAUCAGGGAGCGCAACACAGCUGCCAUGGUUUGUUCCUUGGAGAACAGGGACGAAUGCAUGAUGUGUGGCUCUUAAAAUCUCUCUCGCCGUGAGGUUUCGGGUAUAAAAAUGAUACAACUGCACCCACUACAGUCGCUGGCUCAUCUUCAAGACCACAGCCUGAUAUUUACAUGCACUUGUGUCUUCCAGUCACAAACUUACGUUUUUUUUUUUUCUAUCAUUCUUGGGCGCACUGUCUUAAUGAAAAUGUUUGACAGCAUGUAUAGAAUUAGAUGUUUAAAUGAACUGUUAGUGGCUCUUUCAGUCAAAUGUAUGGGAUAUGUAAAGUUUAAUAAACAUAAGUGUUUUAUAGGUUGAAAAUAAAAUUGUAAUACAAAAAACGAAA